AUGAGUGAAGGGGCGGCCGCUGCCUCGCCACCUGGAGCCGCUUCGGCAGCCGCCGCCUCGGCCGAGGAGGGCACCGCGGCGGCUGCGGCGGCGGCGGCGGCGGCGGCGGCGGCGGGCGGGGGCCCGGACGGCGGCGGCGAAGGGGCGGCCGAGCCCCCCCGGGAGUUACGCUGUAGCGACUGCAUCGUGUGGAACCGGCAGCAGACGUGGCUGUGCGUGGUGCCUCUGUUCAUCGGCUUCAUCGGCCUGGGGCUCAGCCUCAUGCUGCUCAAAUGGAUCGUGGUGGGCUCCGUCAAGGAAUACGUGCCCACCGACCUGGUGGACUCCAAGGGGAUGGGCCAGGACCCCUUCUUCCUCUCCAAGCCCAGCUCCUUCCCCAAGGCCAUGGAGACGACCACCACGACCACCUCCACCACGUCCCCCGCCACCCCCUCCGCCGGCGGCGGCGCCGCCUCUUCCAGGACGCCCAACCGGAUUAGCACCCGCCUGACCACCAUCACGCGGGCGCCCACUCGCUUUCCCGGGCACCGGGUGCCCAUCCGGGCCAGCCCGCGCUCCACCACGGCACGGAACACUGCGGCCCCCCCGACGGUCUUGUCCACUACAGCCCCUUUCUUCAGUAGCAGCACUCCGGGCUCCCGACCCCCGGUGCCAGGAACCCCCAGUACCCAGGCCAUGCCCUCCUGGCCCACUGCGGCAUACGCUACCUCCUCCUACCUUCAUGAUUCUACUCCCUCCUGGACCCUGUCACCCUUUCAGGAUGCUGCCUCCUCCUCUUCCUCCUCCUCGUCUUCCUCCUCCUCUACCACCACCACGCCAGAAACUAGCACCAGCCCCAAAUUUCAUACAACGACAUAUUCCACUGAGCGAUCUGAGCACUUCAAACCCUGCCGGGACAAGGACCUUGCCUACUGUCUCAAUGAUGGCGAGUGCUUUGUGAUCGAAACCUUGACCGGAUCCCAUAAACACUGUCGGUGCAAAGAAGGCUACCAAGGAGUCCGUUGUGAUCAAUUUCUGCCGAAAACUGAUUCCAUCUUAUCGGAUCCAACAGACCACUUGGGGAUUGAAUUCAUGGAGAGUGAAGAAGUUUAUCAAAGGCAGGUGCUGUCAAUUUCAUGUAUCAUCUUUGGAAUUGUCAUCGUGGGCGUGUUCUGUGCAGCGUUCUACUUCAAAAGCAAGAAACAAGCUAAACAAAUUCAAGAACAGCUGAAAGAGCCACAUAAUGGUAAAAACUACAGUCUCAAAGCAUCUAGCACAAUGGCAAAGUCAGAGAACUUGGUGAAGAAUCAUGUCCAGAUGCAAAAUUAUUCAAAGGCGGAAAGGCAUCCUGUGACUGCAUUGGAGAAAAUGAUGGAGUCAAGUUUUGCCGGCCCCCAGUCAUUCCCAGAGGUCCCUUCUCCUGACAGAGGAAGCCAGUCUGUCAAACACCACAGGACUCUCUCCUCUUGCUGCAGCCCAGGGCAAAGGAGUGGUAUGCUCCACAGGAAUGCCUUCAGACGGACACCCCCCUCACCCCGAAGUAGAUUGGGUGGAAUCGUGGGACCAGCAUAUCAGCAACUCGAGGAAUCAAGGAUCCCAGACCAGGAUACAAUACCUUGCCAAGGGUAUUCUUCCAAUGGUUUAACAACCCAACAAAAUGCAUCAAUAAAUAUGCAACUGCCUUCAAGAGAGACAAACUCCUAUUUUAAUAGCUUGGAUCAAACGGACCUGAUGGGAUAUUCAUCCCCAAGGGCCAGUUCUGUGCCCAUCAUCCCUUCAGUGGGUCUAGAGGAAACCUGCAUGCAAAUGCCAGGGAUUUCUGAAGUCAAAAGCAUCAAAUGGUGCAAAAACUCCUACUCUGCUGAUAUUGUCAAUGUGAGUAUUCCAGUCAGCGAUUGUCUUAUAGCAGAACAACAAGAAGUGAAAAUAUUGCUAGAAACUGUCCAGGAACAGAUCCGAAUUCUGACUGAUGCCAGGCGGUCAGAAGACUACGAACUGGCCAGCAUAGAAACCGAGGACAGUGCGAGUGAAAACACAGCCUUUCUCCCCCUGAGUCCCACAGCCAAAUCAGAACGAGAGGCACAAUUUGUCUUAAGAAAUGAAAUACAAAGAGACCCUGCAUUGACCAAGUGACUUGAGAUGUAGGAAUCUGUGCAUUCUAUGCUUUGCUCAACAGGAAAGAAAGGAGAUUAAAUACAAAUUAUUUAUAUGCAUUAAUUUAAGAGCAUCUACUUAGAAGAAACCAAAUAGUCUAUCGCCCUCAUAUCAUAGUGUUUUUUAACAAAAUAUUUUUUUAAAGGGAAAGAAACGUUUCAGGAGGGAUAAAGCUUACAACUAAAGCUUUUGGGUAGAAUUCUGAAUACAAUUUCAGUUAGUCCCAACACUGUCCUCUUUGGCUCUUAGAUGUGGGCAAUUCAGACCCUCAGCCCCACAACGCCAGUGGCCUCAUAAAACAGCGCUGGCAGUUACCUGGUUUCAAAGAGAAGAGAUGUAUCCUGAGGGUGGACAUGCCAGUGAGCGGGUGGCCCUUGCCAUUUGGCUUGCCAAUCCCAACCCCUAAAUUUCUAUUCA